UCUCUUUCCAGGUCUUGAUUGCAGUGACAUCCCUCUGUUCUGAAGAAAAUACAAGAUCCAGGUGGCCCCCUCCUCAGGUCCUCAACAGGCCUUGGGGGCUCAGCUUGGCCCACUGAGAUGAACCAUGACCUGCCGGCUGACAUUCACCACUAACCAUCCAGAGCUGAAUCUUGACAGGAGGUGACUCAUCCUUCAACGGCCCCCCAACUUGCCCACCCCUGCCAGAAAAGUGCCCUGGCUGCCACAGACACCAUGUAGAAGGGCUGGCCGCAGCGCCCAGUGAGCUGCGAUGGUUUUGCACACGACCCCCUUUCCUAAUAGCUGUCUGUCCGCCCUUCACGCCGUGUCCUGGGCCCUCAUCUUCCCAUGUUACUGGCUGGUGGACCGACUGUUGGCCUCCUUCAUCCCCACCACCUAUGAGAAGCGCCAGAGGGCUGAUGACCCAUGCUGCCUGCAGCUCUUCUGCACCAUCCUCUUCACACCCAUCUACCUGGCCCUGCUGGUGGCUGCUCUGCCCUUCGCCUUCCUUGGGUUUCUCUUCUGGUCCCCCUUGCAGUCUGCCCGCAGGCCUUACAUCUACUCGCGGCUGGAGGACAAGGCUGGCGGAGCAGCCCUGCUCAGUGAAUGGAAGGGCACGGGAGCUGGCAAAAGCUUCUGCUUUGCCACUGCCAACCUCUGCCUCCUCCCCGACUCGCUUGCUAGGCUCAACAACGUUUUCAACACCCAAGCAAGGGCCAAAGAGAUCGGGCAGAGGAUCCGCAACGGGGCUGCCCGGCCCCAGAUCAAAAUCUACAUCGAUUCACCCACCAACACUUCCAUCAGCGCAGCCAGCUUCAGCAGCCUGGUGUCGCCGCAGGGCAGCGAUGGUGGAGCCAGAGCCAUCCCUGGGAGCAUUAAAAGGACAGCCUCCGUGGAGUACAAGGGUGAUGGCGGGCGCCAGCCCAGUGAUGAGGCUGCCAAUGGCCCAGCCUCGGGGGACCCGUCUGACGGCGGCAGCCUUGAGGAUGCCUGCAUAGUGCGCAUCGGGAGCGAGGAGGGAGGCCGGCCACCAGAAGCCGACGACCCUGCCUCUGGGAACCAAGCCAGAAAUGGGGCCACUGGCGGCCCCAAGGGCCAGACGCCCAACCACAAUCAACACGAUGGGGAUUCGGGGAGCCUGGGCAGCCCCUCGGCCUCCAGGGAGUCCCUGGCGAAGGCUCGAGCAGGGCCAGAUGGUGGCGGUGGCAGCGGGGACCCAGGUGCCAACAGCAAGCUCCUGUACAAGGCGUCGAUGGUGAAGAAGGCGGCGCGCAGGAGGAGGCAUCCCGAUGAGGCCUUCGACCACGAGGUCUCGGCCUUCUUCCCCGCCAACCUAGACUUCCUGUGCCUGCAGGAAGUGUUUGACAAGCGGGCGGCUGCUAAGUUGAAAGACCAGCUGCACGGCUACUUCGAGUACAUCCUGUAUGACGUCGGGGUCUACGCCUGUCAUGGCUGCUGCAAUUUCAAGUGUCUCAACAGUGGCCUCUUCUUUGCCAGCCGCUACCCCGUCAUGGACGUGGCCUAUCACUGUUACCCCAAUGGGUGCAGCUUCGAUGCCCUGGCCUCUAAGGGAGCUCUGUUUCUCAAGGUGCAGGUGGGAAGCACACCUCAGGACCAAAGAAUUGUUGGCUACAUCGCCUGCACACACCUGCAUGCCCCGCCAGAAGACAGUGCCAUCCGGUGUGAGCAGCUGGACCUGCUUCAAGACUGGCUGGCUGAUUUCCGAAAAUCUACCUCCUCGUCCAGCACAGCCAACCCCGAGGAGCUGGUGGCAUUUGAUGUCAUCUGCGGGGAUCUGAACUUCGACAACUGCUCCUCUGAUGACAAGCUGGAGCAGCAGCAUUCCCUGUUUACACGCUACAAGGACCCCUGCCGCCUGGGGCCUGGGGAGGAGAAGCCGUGGGCCAUCGGUACCUUGCUAGACACCAAUGGCCUGUAUGAUGAGGAUGUGUGCACCCCUGACAAUCUGCAGAAGGUCCUGGAGAGCGAGGAAGGCCGCAGGGAGUACCUGGCCUUCCCCACCAGCAAGAGCCCAGGGGCUGGACAGAAAGGGAGGAAGGACUUGCUGAAGGGCAAUGGCCGGCGAAUUGACUACAUGCUGCAUGCCGAGGAGGGCCUGUGCCCCGACUGGAAAGCUGAGGUGGAAGAAUUCAGUUUUAUCACCCAGCUGUCCGGCCUGACUGACCACCUCCCAGUGGCUAUGCGGUUGAUGGUGUCUGCCGGGGAGGAAGAGGUAUAACGCGGCCAAGCCACCGGCAUCCGGAGCAGGGGGUCCUCUGCCAACCCUUCAAACUACAGCCCAUGCCUAGGCUGUGUACCUUCCACCCAGCAGCAGUGCUGGAAGGGGGAGGGGAAGGGGCCGGGAGGGAGCCUCAGUCAAUCCCCAGGGAGUUCAGCGCCUCUGGGCCCUCUCUGAGGGCCCUCUCCCGGGACUCAGGCUGGCCUGGGAGCCCUUGGCUGCCUAACCAGUGCCAUUCUUUCCAAACACAAUUUUCUACAGAUCUACACAGCACAACCUAGUUUGUAACCCGAGCGUUAGUAUGAGGACCGGGUUUAUGUACUCUUUGUAUUUCUUCUCAAGCUUCGUCCAGGGUUCAUUACUUUUGUCUGCUGCCAAUGUUGUCUCGCAUGCCUGCACCCUCGCAUGCACGCUGCCCGCAUGCCACGUGCCACACUGUAGCCACCCAGACCCCUUGCUCGGGCCUCACCCAAGGCCAAGCUCCAAACACAAUCAGAACCAGCCAAAGAAGCACUUCCUGGGCACGGCCACCAGCUCUCCACCUCCAGCCGGGCCUGCAACUGGGGAUGUGAGGACUGCCAUUACCAGCCAGCCCAGGGCUCUUCCCAGGGUCUUGCAUUCAAGGGCGAUUACAUUUUAAAAAGAAAACAGAAAAAGGUUAAAAAAAAAUCACCCUUCACUUUAAAGGGUCUGCAAGUUAUUAGGUAGAACUUUUGCUUUUUCCAAGCUAGGAUGCCUUCCCCGGCCCACACACCAUAGUCUAGCUGGCUCCAGCGACCCCCAGGAGCAAUUCGGGAGACUGACCCCUGCUAUGGAAUCAUAAUGGGAAACCCUAAAGCAUCAUUUUUCUAUAGAAGACUCAGCAUAAAGGGGGAAGGCAUCCUCACUUUGAAAAUGACAGAUUUGUAGCUUCUUAUAUUCAAGCCAACAUGUCCUGUCUUUCUACCAAGCCCCCUAUUCCCCUACGGACACCCUGGUUCAAGACCAAUCUUUUCCUAGGGACUUUACCCAUCCAAGUGUUGGCUGAGCUCAGGAACUGCCUGCCUACCCCCAGGUAGGGCUGUAGCUCUGGCCCUGAGGGCCUGCCCUCCUCAGCAGCUAACCCAGCCAAUGCUAAGUUCUAGGAGGUGACCCUAGAGGAAGGAGCAGAAAGCCAAAGUGUGAAAAGUGAACUGUCACUCACCAAUGUGCAGACUGCGGGUUCCUAGCCGACAGCUACUGCUUGUCUGAGGCAAGGGUGGUUCUAGAUGGUAUCUAGGCACAUAGAAGUCACUCUGCCACUGUGUGACCAGGGUCAGUCCUAGGCUCAACAUGGCAGACUGGCCUGCAGCCCUAGGUCCUCCAUCUGCUCCAGGCCUGGGACAAAGGCACCCAGGCAGCACUGCCUCUGCCCACCUGCCUUGUGAGGCAAGCAUGCUCCCCAGCCACAAGGGGAAGGUCUGUUUCAAGGUGCCAGGCUCCAACUUGAGACUGUAUUUGACAACCCUACUGGUCUCAAAGUGACCUGACCUUGCAUCCAUCCUGCCUAUCAAUGCUGGAAGGAGCACUAGGACCCAGCUGUCCAGACCUUUUGGUGCUGGUGCACUGAAGCUGUGCCUUGUCACCCACUUAGCAGAAGGAGGGAUUAAGAGGGUGCCUGCAACCAGUCAGAUGCCAGGCCCUCUGCUGGGGUAAAACCCUGCAGAGCCUGCAGCUUGGCACUAGGAUGUAUGUCCCUAGUGACUCUGGUUUGUCUGAACCCUGCCAUGUCGGUGUCCAGAGCCAGGAAGGGGCUGCUCAUGGCAAAGCCCCUGCUGGGCUCUUCCUUGUUCCCCUCUUCCACAAGGGCCUGGCUUUCUAGGGCCCUGGCAAUGCUUCAUGGGGUAGAAAGUCCUUCACUUGUGAGAACAGCCAGGAUUCUGUCUAUACCCAGGGUUCAAGUGGGCAGGCCCAACCCCUAAACCUAUGCUGCUGUACACACAGGGAGAGGAGCCAGGGUCAAGGCCAGGGGCCUUGAAGGGGAGAGCUCAGUGUAUAGUCAGGGCCAUGUGAUCCAUCCUCUCCCUCCCAGCUCCCAGGGCAGCCUUAGGCAAGUCAUACUGCCCUGUGCCUCAGUCAUUUGCUGUCAUCACAAGGUGGCCUCUGCCAGUCAGGUCCUGGAACAGAGGAGCAAUGUCCCACCUCCCAGCACCCCCACCUCUCAGCCCACCACACAUUUCACAAUGGUUUGCCUGUGAAUUCCAGGGCAAAUGGCCAGGCUUUUCAAUUUUUUAAGGAAGAGGGGGAAAAAAGACAUUGCCAGGAUCUCAGAUUUUAUGGCAUCUAAACCUGGGAGGGGGCAGUCACAGGGGUCACCCAGAUCCCAAAACCAGGCUUCAGCCUGCCCUAGGCCCACAAGGGAAGCCGCGGGCAGGUGGGGUCAGCUUAGGAAGGAACUGUUCAUAUUCAUUUGUCCAAAGCCACCUUGAGUUUUAAGUAUGGAUAUUAAUCUUGAGGCUUUUUAACUAUUGUAUUAACUUGCUGAGAUUUAGAAAUACUGUUUUAAAAAAAGAAAAAAACUUUUUUAAUUUCUGUAUUUUCUUCUGUAUUGUAUCUUCAUGGGACAUUAGGGGUUUUAUAUGGUAAGACACCUAAGGUUUUGGUAAAAAACCAUCAAAUAUAUAUAUCCAGACGACUCAUCCCACCUGAAAAUAAUCUUCACACCUGAUAAAAAAUUUUGAAGAGAGGUGGAUUUUUCCUUUAUGGUGCUGAAAGGAAGGAUGGAGAAUGAGGAGAAAAUAAAACUGUGAGGCUCAAGACUGACAUUUUCUACUUAUUUGAGCGACAAGAUUGGGGGGGUGCUGAGUCUAGACCCAGGGACUGGACAGCUUGAAGAGGUAGUGUGUGACUGUGGGGGCAAAAAACAAAGGCUUCCCCAAAAUACAAAAACCACAAGCCAUCUAGCCUCCACUCCAGUGGUGCAACCUCAGGGUUUCACACUUACUAGCAGCAUUUUACUGUCCCCACCCUUUUCUGCACUGCU